AUGGACCACACGCCCCACGCCCUCCUCGGUCACUACUACUCCCCUACGCCCCUCGCGAGAUCCACCAAUCUGGACACCACCUCCUACCUCGUCGCCUCCGGUGGCCUCUCCCCCGCCGCCGCUGUCGUGGCUUCCCGCUGGGUCCGCGUCUUCUCUACCGCCAGGGCCGACGCCGUCCUCGCCCUCCUGCGCCACCACGGCUUCUCCAGCGCGCACAUCGCCCAGUUGCUUCGCAACGCCCCGGUUGUCCUAGUCGCCAACCCUGACAAGAUCAUCCGACCCAAGCUCCGGUUCUUCGACUCCCUAGGCAUCGGCGCCUCCGUCCUUGCCCAGUCGAACGUCCUCACGCGCAGCCUCGACAAGUUCCUCGUACCCUGCUUCGAGUUCCUCCGCGGCAUCGUCGGCACGGACGCCAACCUCCGAACCGCCUUCUCCAAUAAGCCGUCCCUUCGUGGAUUGGUCCAGAAGAAGCUGCGCCCUGCCGUGGAAAAUUUGCGCCGCCACGGCCUCUUGGAUGAGGCCAUAUCGAAGCUAAUCGUCCUUAAUAUGGGCAUCCUCGGCAUGGCGCCCAACCGCAUCGCCGGCAUCUUUGAGGAACUUGAAGCGCUUGGCCUGCCCAUUACGGACCCCUGCUUCGUCGGGUGCUUCGCUCAGAUGAGUGGACUCAAGCGGGAGACAAUUCGGCGUCGGGUGGCGCUGUACCAGAGCUUUGGGCUUUCUCAGUGCCAGGUUGCCAGGGCAUUCAUGGCUCUGCCCCGGAUAUUGGGGCUUUCAGAUGGGAACAUCCAGAGGAAGCUCCACUUCUUCCGAGACGAGCUGAAGAUUGCUCUGCCUCAGGUGAUUGCAAUGCCUAAAAUCUUGACAUUUAGCGUGGAGAAUAAUAUCCUCCCGAAAUAUGCUGUGCUGAGCUUGCUAAUGAGGGAAGGGAAGAUCCAGAGAGGCAUAAAUCCGUUUGGUCGUUUGGGCCUAUCUGCCAAGGAUUUCUCUGAGAGGUGUGUGAAGAAGUAUGAGAAGGAUGUGCCAGAUGUUGUUAGGGCAUAUGAGGGGAAGUUAAAAUUCGAAGGGUUCAUGGAUCAGGAUAUUGAACCUGCUUGCAGAAGCCAGGCACUAAUUUUCUAG